AUGAUUGACCAAGAGUUGCCAGUAGCAGUGGAGAAAUUGGAAAUAUAUUCCUCUGAUACAGAUUCAAGUGAUGACGAGACCCUGCAAAUUUCAGGCAACAAAACCAUCACGGACCGUGGAGAAAUUGUGGAGAAGUAUUCCAAGGUGAUAAAUGUGGAACCUCUAAAAAAGGGUCCUAAAACCACAAAAGACAGAGCUAACAGAGCCACUGUCGAGCAAGUCUUGGAUCCUAGAACGAUGAGAUUCUUGGGUAAGAUUAUUAAUAAGGGUAUCAUCUCCAGAAUCAACGGGUGCAUCAGUACAGGUAAAGAAGCUAAUGUGUACCAUGGAGAUCACGAAGACCCUUCGGUGACGACACGAGAGUUUGCCGUAAAGAUUUACAAGACUUCCAUUUUGGUGUUUAAAGAUAGAGAACGUUAUGUGGACGGAGAGUUCCGAUUCAGAAACACAAAGAACCAAAGUAAUCCAAGAAAAAUGGUCAAGGUUUGGGCCGAGAAAGAGUUCCGUAACUUGAAAAGAUUGUAUGUGAACGGCAUUCCUUGUCCUGAGCCUGUGGAGCUCAGAUCGCAUGUUCUUGUGAUGGAGUACUUGACCAAGGGUAAUGGCCAACCUUCUCCAAAACUUAGAGAUCAUCCAUUCAAGGAUAUUGACGAAAUCGUACAUUAUUACCAGCAAAUGUUAUUCUAUAUGAGAAGAAUGUACCAGAAGUGUCGUUUGGUGCAUGCAGAUUUGUCUGAAUACAACUCUAUUGUUCACAAUGAUAAACUUUACAUCAUCGACGUUUCCCAAUCGGUUGAGCCAGAGCAUCCUAUGGCGCUUGAUUUCCUUCGAAUGGAUAUCAAGAAUGUCAAUGAUUAUUUCUCCAGGAAGCAUAUUAACGUUUAUCCUGAAAGGCUCCUUUUCAAGUACAUCACCGAGAGUGACUACAACUUGCAGUUGACUGAUGAUUCCGACGAAGUUUUGGGAGCCUACUUGGACAAAUUACCUUUGAAGAGUGAGCUUGGUGAUGAUGUAGAUGAUGAGGUUUUUCGAUCAUUGCACUUGGUGAGAAGCUUGAAUAAUCUCGAGGAAAGAGAUUUUGAGAAGUUCACCGAAGGAAAAGUGGAUACGUUAACGGAUUUGGUUGCAAAGAGUAAUGAGAUAGAAAAUGAGGAUGAAGACGAUGAAGAUGAAGACGAUGAAGAUGAUGAAUCUGAUGACUCUGAUGACGAUGAUGAUGACGACGAUGAUACCCAGGACGAAGAGGAUUCCGAGGAAGAAGGAAACGAGAAACCAAAGAAAAGGUGGGUGGAGAGAGAUCAGGUAUUAAAGGGAAAGAAGCACGAGGACAAAGACGAAAAGAAGCAGAGAAAGGCCGCCGCCAAAGAGGCUAAAGCAGAGAAGAGGAAAACAAAGAUGAAGAAGCACGUCAAAAAGAAGCUCAUCAACAAGCGUAAAACCGGAUAG